GGAUCCUACAAACACCUUCCCAAAAACUAAAAUGCUACUCAAGAUUGCGGUUAUGUUGGCGGUGGUGUGUGCGGCGACGGCGUAUCCGGACGUCUAUGAACCAGUUUACUAUCCGGAGCCGCUGCCGUACUACUUCAACUACGACGUCCACGACGACUACAAGGGAACGCACUUCGACAGGAACGAGAAAUCCGACGGCAAGGCUCUGCACGGCUCCUACACCGUCGCCCUUCCAGAUGGCCGCAAACAACACGUUGAGUACAAGGCCGACCACUACAAGGGCUUCGUGGCCAAGGUCAGCUACUACGGCAAGGCCAAGCACCCCAAGUACUAUGGCCCUGCCAUCACCUUCAAACACAAAGGAGAUAGCUACCACUGAAUUCAGUCUUGAUGUUUAUAUCUAGUCGUAAUGAAUGUAAUUUCU